GGCAGGGAGCCGUGGUCAGCGUGGUCACGCUCAGGCUGAGCAGAGCCCUAACCAUGGUCACCCUCUCCAGCCCUUGUUUGCUGCGGGGCCGGGAUGAAGGUGUCUCCAGGGCGUUCGUGCUUCCCCCCGGGGGCUGGCAGCCUGUUUAUAGCAUACCUCUGGGUAACUCAUUGACCUCUGCUGGGAAGCGGAGGUUCCCAAGAUGAUAAGGCACUCUUGGAAGAAAUUCCUUUCCUCACAAGGGAGUGGCGGCGCUGGGCACGCUCGCCCGCCUUGCGAACACGUACACAGCCCCGCGCCGCGUCCCGGCACCGGCAGCGGUCCCCCGGGGACCCGGCUCUCAGAGCCUGGAGCUUCGUGGCCAAGAGUGCUCUGGAGGAAAGCGGUGCUGGGGAGCAGAGCGGAGGAGCAGGGGCUGUGUUGCUCUGCCCAAGGAUCCUCUGCAGACACCGGUCACCCAUAGCACAGUGAGAGCACACAGCCGGUCCUGAGUCCUGGUCCUGCAUGCUGGGGAAGGUCAGAGCUUGUGAGCAAAGAGGGAAUGAGUUCAUCCUGUGCAGCCCAAAGGAUUCCAAACAGCAACCAGAUCAGUCCCUCCUGGUGUUCACACCUGGGGUUCAGACAGUUCUGAUCCCAGAGAUGAGAUGAGCCCCGCUAGCCCUGCAGGAAUCCACAGUGUCUGUGCUUGCAGAGAACUCACCUGUGGCUUGCCUGGCCAUAGCCCUGCUCUGCUGAGGCUGGUGUGGAGCAGGCAGUGCUGUCAGCCACCCUCGCUGUGAAACAGGGAGAGCAGCAGCUCGGCCGGGAGGAAGGUGGUCCAGAAACGGCCAGCCCUGGAUGGAGGAUGCUGGACGAGCCCCAGCGGGGCAGCUCUGCAGACGGUGCCGCUCAAAAGGCACAUUGUGCAUUGUGUCUGUGGCCAGGGCUGAGCCACGGUGCCCAGCAGUACACUCCCCCCCUGCCAGCGCUCUGCCAGCCCCCAGCUUGGGGCUCGGGUAUUGCUGGACACAUGGGCUGCUGCCUUGAGAUCCCCUGGCACCAGGACCUGUCCCUGGGAUGCACAGAGGAAGAGUGUGAUUCCUGCUGUCCCCACUCGCCCGUGCUCCUGCCCCACUGGGACCGCCUGCAGCACAAGGGAAAAUGGUGGCGGGACAAGACCAUGGCAUCAGGUAAGACUGAGGCAUCAGAUCCAAGCAACCCCACUACUGAGGCAGCAGAAGGUUCUCCAGACACCCCCUUGGUGCUGCUGGCUGUCAGGGAGGGCUUUCCACAAGAGAUUUCGCUCUUCUUCUCCGUUGAGAGCCGCUCCUCCCGGUGCCUCAAUUCCCAGCUCCAGGAAGCAGCCAGAAAGAAGCUGUGGGCCCUAGAGAGUGACGACAGAGAUGUCUGUGCCCUGUUCAAGGAGCUGUCAGCCCGGCUGGUCUGCAUGCAGGCACAGGAGGAUCGGUUCAUCCUCACCUUCAAAACCCUGGAAGAAGUCUGGAAGUUUUCCACGUAUCUGACUUUAGGGUAUGUGGGCAGCUGCCUGGAACAGCUUCUCUUUGACCAGGAGUACUGGCUAAACUGUGCUCUGAUGGAGGACACGGAGAUCAGAGUUACUGUGGAUGAAGAUCGCUUGGCCACCAUAUAUAUGGGUCUGCUACUGCAGGAAGGUAACUUUUUUUCCAGAGCAGUUCCUGGUGCUCCGGAGCAGCCGGAGCAGGAGGGAGAGGAAGCCCUGCAGCUCUGCAAGAACGAGCUGAUCCACGUGAAGAAUGUUGGAGAGGAGUCCAAGUGGGAAGGGACGUCCUUACUGACGGGUCAGAGAGGCCUGGUGCCUGUGACAGCUCUAGAGCCAAUACCUCACCCAUUUUACCAGUGGUUCCUGAGGAACUAUGCUGUGAGUUUUGGCAUCUCCCAGGAGAUCAGUGGGACAAGCACUGAGCCAAUUGUCAAAGGCAGGUGCACAGCCACAAAGGACCACAGAGGAGCAGCAUGGGAUGAACUGAGUUUCUCCAAAGGAGACAGCAUAGAAGUCAUUGGCUUCUUCAUUCCAGGACUCCCGUGGUUUGUGGGCAAAUCCCUCAGCAGUGGGAGCAUUGGAUUUGUCCCAACUCAAUACAUAAGUCCCAAGGCUUGUGAACCUCUGGGAAAAGGCUUGGUGUUUCUGAACGAGGAAGAAAAGUCCCCGCUCCUGCGCAUCCCCUGCAAUGGUGGUGAGCAGCACUUCACCACCCUCCUCAGUGACCUGGCACGCACGGACAUCACCUCUGUGUACCGGCUGGAUGGUUUUGAACCUACAGCCAUGUUCCCGAAAGUGCCUUCAGAGGCUGUUCUCCGUGGCUGUAAAGAUAUCCAACUGCUCCAGUCCUGGGAGGAAAUAAAUGAGUUGGCUACCAAUAGCACCUCUGAGCUGUCUAGCCCAGGGAGUGAAUCAGCCCCUCAUACACUAGAAGAUGUUCUCCUGGAGAAGCUGGAUGACUUUGAUGAUCCCAAGUUCUUCAUUGACUUGAAUGCUGGACACAUGGAAGACGCUGAUGUAUUUGACCCCAUAUUGACCUUCCUUAACCAAGACAGUUACGUGCCCAGUUUUCAAAGCCUCUAUGAUCUCAGUUUUUCCUUUCUCAACUCCACUUUUUAUGGUUUCUCUGAUGAGGAUGAACUGAUCUUGUACCUUGAGGCAUCCAGGAACUGGGCCAAGAGAACUCAUUCAGUUUGGGCCCAUGUCAGGCUCUGUUUCCUCUUGGGUAAGCUUUGCAUCAAAAAGGUCAAGUUCUCCCAGGCUCGAGUCUACUUUGAGGAAGCCAUGAGCAUCCUGGACAGGGGUUUUGGGGACCUGCCCCUAUUGGCUGCAUUGCAUGUGAACCUUGCCUCCAUCUACUUGAAGCAGAACAUGAAGCACAAGUUCUCCUCCCUGCUGGGAAAAAUGGUGGCCUUGCUUGUCUGCCUGCCUGGCCGCUCUUUCAGCUCUGAGAACGAGCUGGAGGUUAUGAUGUAUGUCCUGAGGGAAGCCAUUGCUGUGGGUAAUGCUCCCUUAGAGGCAAGGGUCUGCUUCCUUAUUGUCAAGCUCUUCCUACAACUGGGCAAAAAUGAUGAAGUGCUGCCCUUUACCGAGCAUCUUCAGUGUCUCACCACCACUUUAGUCAGCCCAGACACUAGUUCUAUGCCACUGGAUGCCACCCCCAUCUUGAGCUACCUGUAUGACAAGAAGUAUUUGCCAAAUAUCGCACUGGCCUCUGCCAGGCUGUUUGUUCCCACUGGCAUCAAGGGGACACCGACACCCACUUGGAGAGCUGGCUUUAUCCUCCAAAAUACUUCCAAACUCCUGGGAAGCCAGCUGGAGAGGAGCAGCAUCCCAUCACUGGCCUGUUUCUAUCUCAAGCAAGCACUGCAUUUCUGUGGUGAGACCAGAGCGGUGCCCAUCCAGAGGACGCUGUGUACCAUCUUGUCCAGGAUGUACCUCCAGCAUGGUGUGUUGGAUGGGGCGGUUUGCUACGCAGCCAUGGCUGUAACCCUCAGUAGACUGAUGGGAGAGGAGGAGGCUUUUGAGUCUUCCCUGUCAUUGGGGUGGAUGUAUCUCCUGCACAGCCAGCCGGGACCCGCCGCAGACAUCAUGUGGCAGCUCUUGCACUCUCUGCAUGGGACAGACAGCGUGACUCAGGGUGGAGCGGUGCACAAUCUGCUGGCCAUUGCCCUCAAAGGAGAAGGGCAGGUACAAAAGGCUGCAGAGAACUACCUGCGGGCCCUGCAGAAAGCCAAGGAGACCGGGAACAAGAGGAACCAGGCUAUCGCCCUGGCCAACCUCGGGCAGCUGAGCCUUUCGCAUGGGGCGAACCAGCUCUCUGAGCUCUACCUGCUCCAGUCGGCUCAGCUCUACGCUGAGCUCCAGGGCAACCAAGACCUGGAGAUGGAGUUUGUGCGUGUGCUGCUGUGGCUAGCACUGGCCAUGGUGAACAGGCAGAGGAUGGAGGAUGGCAAACUCUGUUAUGAACUGGCGUUGGUUUUUGCCCUGAAGUGGCAUAACGUGAGGAGUCAGCUUCACAUCACUGAGUCUCUCUGCCAUUUCUACAGCAAAGUGUCCCCCAGUCUCCAGGCCUGCAUCACCUACCAUGAGCACUGGGUAUCUUUGGCACAGCAGUUGCAGGACAGGGAGCUGGAAGGCAAUGUCCGGCAGACCCUCAGCCAGCUUUACCAGGCUUUGGGCACACCUGAGGCUCUGAGACAGUCCCUGGACUGCACCAAACAGAGUCUAAGGAUCUUCAUUGACCUUGAGGAGACUGUGAAAGCAGCAGAGGCCUGGCUGCAGGCAGGAAGGCUCUACUAUCUUAUGCAGGAAGAUGAGCUGGUGGAAAUGUACUUUCAGGCAGCCAUUCAGACUGCUCUGAAAGUGGAGAACAUCUCCUUGGCCAUGGAUCUUUAUGAAAAAGCAGGUGAUACCUUUUUUAAUGGCAGCCGAAACAGAGAGAGAGCAGUGGAGUUUUACAGGGGAGGUGCUGUGCCCUUGGCCAGAAAACUAAAGGCCUCUAAGACAGAGCUGCGGCUCUUCAAUAAGCUGACGGAGCUGCAGAUCAGGCUGCAGGGCUACGAGAAGGCUCUGGAGUUUGCCACACUGGCAGCCAGGCUGAGCAUCAGGGUCGGAGAUCAAUUACAAGAGCUGGUUGCAUUCCACCGCCUGGCUACAGUCUACUAUUUCCUGCAUAUGUAUGAGAUGGCAGAAGAUUGCUACCUAAAGACCCUUGCCUUGCGUCCCCCCUUGCUGCAGUGUUCUGGAGAGGCCCUGUACUACUGCAAGGUGUAUUGCCACCUUGGCAACCUGACCCUGCACAAACUGAAGGAUGAACAGGAUGCAGCAGCCUACUUCCUCCUGGCGCUCGCCGCUGCAACCGAGCUGGGUGACCAGGGGCUGCAGGGCCUCAUCCGCACCAAGCUGGGUGACAUCCCUGGUGCCCUGCAGGGACCUGAGGGCACAGCAGGCUGUGCCACGUUCCGGCCCAGGUGGCUGAGUGAAGGUGGCCACGUCGUCUGACUGACCACAACCUGGGGACUCCACUGUGACCUGUCACACAGCAUCGUGCUGUGCCACUGGCAUGGGUCCAUGUGCUCUGCAGGACAACCAGCCCUGGAGAACAUCGCAUCCUAAGGAGCCGCAGUGUUUGGUCUUCUUGUCCCUGACAGACAAGGGGUGAAGUGCUUGGAACCCUGCCCUCAUUUUCCAGGAGCAGGGAUGUACAUCAAGGCUGGGCAUCGGGGCAGGAUGGGGACCGGGCAGCAGUGCUGGCACCUGCAGUGCAGUGGAGAUGAGCAACAGAUGGCAAUUGGAGUGGGGGUGCCUGCCUGGGUGGGGACAAGAAAGUGCUGCCAUGUGCCAGCUGCCACACACACCUCAGGUCCCAUGGGGCAGCUCAGCCCAAGCCAACUGUGUUUUAACUUGAAUAGCAACUCCUUUAUUUAUUCUUACCUGUUCUCUGUCCCGUCUGCUCUGCAGAGGUCUGUGACCCAUACCUCUGUAAAGCCACGGACCUCUUUGGUACAAAGCACCACCAAAGCCUGUGGCAGUGAGAGGCAGAAUUAGGGAAAGGAGAAGUGAAAGGGGCUGUGGACAAGCCCUGAAUGCAGGUGGGCAGCAGCUUGGGGGCAGGCAGAGCCCACCCUCACUUCAGCCCUGCCAUUCAGCUCAGCAGUGAUGUUGGAGCAGCUGUGGUGGCUCUUCUGCCCCACAGCCCAUGUGUGCUUUCAGCAUCUAAAGCAUGAGCACACUGCGGGUCCUUCAUGGCAAAAAAGCGCUGGACUGGGCUGCCCAGGGAAGUGGUGCAGUCAUCACCCCUGGAGGUAUUGGAAAGAUGCGUAGAUGUGAUGCUUGGGGACAUGGUUUAAUGGUGGACUUAGUGCUGGGUUAACAGCUGGACUUGAUGAUGCUGUGUGGCACACAUCCAGUCCCUGGGCAGGGGUGCUGAUGGGACACAGGGGGACUUCUGUUGGGGAGAGGCAGCUGCAAAGCCUUUGCAUUGGCCAUUGCCAGCCCCAGGAGGAGCCAGCAGCCUACAGGCAGCAAGCAAGCUGCCUUCAAGUGCCCUGACCUACAUGGCUGGAGAGAAGCACAAACUCCUCUGUGGAGCAAGCGGGAGGAGCAGGAGGCACGGAGGAGCCUUCUGAAAGCAGCAGGAGCAGCAGCAGCUCUCCUCCAUAGCCCAUCUCACCACCAGAGAGCAAUAACUGCCCACGUUUGCAGCCUCGUGUGGGCAAGUGCUGCUUCCUGGCUAAGGCUGACUUCGGUUUUCAGUCUUGACUGGUGCAGAGUGAAGAAUGAGCUGUUUUUCCAGCUCAUCUCUUUGCUUUGACAACCAGUGGCCCAGCGGGGGCUUCCCAAGGAGACCCAGCUCCCAGUCCUUCCACCUCCCUGCCGCGGUCCCUUGCUUGGAAAUGCUAAAUGCAGAACAUUCAUUUCCUCA